AUGGUCAAGGACAAAUCUACCGUCAUUGAAGAAUUCAAUGACAUCGUCAACAUGACGCCCAACGAGCUCCGCGACUGGCUGAAGGAGGAGCAAUCGCAGUCUUCGGGAUGGAGCAACGAGUCUGGCGAGACGAUCGGUCAUGAGAGCGGUCGCAAGAUCGUCGAUAUCCUUGAGCAUAACCCAGACAAGGACCCGUCGGAGUAUACAGACGGGGACGUCGAUCAUAUGCGACGAGUGGUGUCAUAUUGUAAGCGACAUCUCGCGCAGGAAGAGAAGGCGAAGCAGAACACGGACAGUCGGAGCUAUCGAUCGCUGAAAAACUGGGGCCACGAUGCGUUGAAGGCUUAA